AUGACGAGGAAUGUAGGAAUAAUAUCAAGUGAAGUACUUUGUUUAAAAUGGUGUUCCAUAAAUAAUAAUAUUUUAAAUUGUUUUUUUAAUAAUAGUUACAACAAAUUUGGAUUAAAAGUUUUUUUUCAUUCCUAUGAAAAUGCUAACAAAAAAUGGAAAAACAAAAAUAAAUACAAAAAUUAUAUUUUACUUGUGAAAAAAAAUGAACUACAUAAUAAGGCACACAUUGGAUAUAAGACGAACUGGGAAAUAAGUAAAAAACAUACGAGCCUAAUUCCAAAUAAAUAUUGUGUAAAUUUUACUAGCCAGACUAAUAAAUUAUUUAGUAAUAAUAAAAUUGUACAUAAAUUGAAGGAUAGAAAACAUGUAGGACAAGAUGAUGAAGAAAAAAAAGAGGGGAAUGAUGAAAAUGUUAUACGUAUUAAUAAUUUAUGUACAAAAAUUUAUGAUAUAGGUAAAAAUGGUGUAAAAAAUAAAGAAGAAUGGAUACGGUAUUUAAUUGAAUAUUGUAAAGAAGAAGAAAAUCAUAAAUUUAUAAAAAUCAAACAAAUGUUUAUGUUAUUAAUUGGGUUAAGUAAAUUAAAAGGAAAAAUAAAUAGUGUUCAUUAUAAAGUAGGAUAUGAAAAUGGGGAAAAAAAUAAGGUUGUAAAGAUUUCUGAUAUUGUUGAUAGACAUAUUGAAGUUUUAUCAAAAAAAGUAAAUGAAAUGACAGAUAAACAAUUGAGCAUAUUUUUAUAUAUUCUUGAAAGAUGGAAAAAAAUGGAAAAAUAUAAAGAAAUUGUAAAUAUUAUUAAUGAUAAAAUUUUAAAAAAAACAACUUUUAAAAAAUUAAAUGUUCGAAGCUUUUGUAAUGUUUUACAUAUUUACUCGAAAAAGUGCAAAGUGGAUGGAAAUUAUAUAAAUGAAGAAAAAAAAAAUGAUAUGAUAAAUAUUCAAAUAAAUAAAUUCAUAACAAAACUUAGUAAGUCUAAAUGCUCUGUAGAAGAUAUGUUAUUUUUUCUUUCGUCUAUAGACAAAUUAAAAAUAAAAAUAAAAGAAAAAGAAAUGAUAGAACAUGUUGUAAAAAUUAUAAAUGAUAAUAUACAAGAAGAUACAAACUAUUUUAUUAUUCCAUCUCUUUUAUUAUAUUUGUCAAAUUUAAAUAUUUAUAAUGAAGGAUUAUAUUUAAAAUUAAAAAAUAUUAUAUUAGAGAAUUAUUAUUUUUAUAAUUCUAUACAUAUAACAAAUAUAUUUUAUGCCUUUUCAAAAUUCAAACCCGAUUUUGUUCAUGAACUUUUUGAUACAUUGUCAAAUUAUAUUAUCCAAACAUUUUUAAAAGAAAAGGAAAAAGAUAGUAAAACAAUGAACGAAUAUAAUCGAGCUAUUUUAAAGAAUACUCAAAUUAAUAAAAAUAAAUUUUUGAAAUAUGAUGAAAGCAUGUUUAAUAUUUUUCAAAUAACAAAUAUAAUAAAUAGUUGUAUAAAAUGUGAUUAUAUAAAUUACAAUUUUUUCCAUGACUUGAUUUUAUCAUCAGAAACAGUUCAAGAGCAUUCCUUGGAUAAUUUAAUUAAUUUUUUUAAAUCCAUAUCAAAUAUUUUGAAAACUUUUAAUGUGCAUAUGUAUAAAUAUGUUAUAUAUUUUUACACCAAUGAAAAAGUAGACCCAAAAGAAACAGAAACAAACACGCAUAACUAUAAAGAAAGCAUUGGAAAUGGUGAAAAUUUUACGAGCGAAAAAGAAGUUGUUUAUCUAUAUUCAUUGAUGGAAAACCAGACAUACUAUAAAAAAGUGUAUGAAUAUUUUACAAACCGGUACAUGAUGAAAAAUUCAUUUUUUAUAGAACAAUAUAAUACCUUUGGGGGUGUAGAAAAUGAUAAGAAAGUCAAAGAGUCAGAUUAUACAGAAAAAUCAAAUAUAAGGUUAAUGAAUAGUUUUAAUAAAAUGAGAGAUAAUGUUGCUGAACAGAUAAGAAUUAUAAUUGAAAAUAAUUUAUAUGAUAAAAAUGUACAAUAUAUUUUACACAAUUUAAUGAUUUUUAUGUAUCAAAGUGAAGUCAAAUAUGUUAAUUUAUAUACAUUAUGUAUAUCUAUUUUGGAAAAAAACUUAUUUUUUUUUAGUAUCAAUAAUUUAUAUUUAUAUAUAAAAAUAUUUAAUAAAGCCCAAAUUUAUAAUUAUGAAAUUUUGCACAACAUUUUUGAAUAUAUAUAUAAUCAUUUUGAUCAAUUUGAGUUGAGGAAAAAAGUGAAAAUAGUUUUAUUAUCCUAUGAUAUAUUUAAAAAAAUAAAUGAACACCAAAUGGAAUUAUUAACUAACUUUUUUUUAGAUAACAUGAAAUUUAAUGAAGAAAAUAAAAAUAACAUGUCCAAAUAUUAUCAAAUUAAUAAUAAACAUAAAAUAAACAAUUCGUGUGAUAUAACCCCAAAAUGGUUACUUCCUACAAGCACAGAAUUAAAACAAAAUGUUUUAAAUAUGAAACAAAAAUCACCAACAUCUUUAUAUGAUGAUAUAUCCAAUCUUGAUGACAAUGAAAUAUGCUUAAGAGACUUUUUAAAUAAUAAAAUGGAUGUAGAAAGUACAAAAAUCAAUGAAUAUCAAUAUUUUAGUUUAACAAAUAAUGAUCAGGUUUUUUUUAAAAAAGUUGAACAAACAGAAGUCUACCCAUUUAAUUUAGAUUUUAAUGAAUAUAUAAAGUUUUUACUUAUACUUAUUCAUGAUGUAUCAAACAAAAUACUUGACAAUAGAACGGAUGAUAAAAAUUGUGUAAACAUAUCUUUAAUCCCAUUUAUUUCAAAGAAUGAACAUAAUUUAAUUAAAAUAAAAAAUGAAGAUCCUGUCUUAGAAAGAUAUUCUGAGCUAGUAAAGCAAAAUCUGAAUAAGAGGAAAAAUUUAAUCAUUAAAAUUUUUUCAAAAAUUGCUGACAUGAUAGAAAACGAAAAAAAAAUAAAAAUGAACAAAACCGAUUUAUAUAUUGAUCAGGUUUUGUAUAUUUUGUAUUUCAUAAAAUUGAUGGAUGAAGAUCUUUAUAGUAGCAUAAUAAAAAUCGAACAAAUUAAAAAAAUCAAAACAAAUGAAAAGAUUAAAAAGGGAGAUAAUGAUAUGGAAGACCCCAAAUAUGCAAAUAUGUUUGGUAGCACUUUAUUUGAAUUGAAAAAAGAAGAUAUGGAAUUUAUUGGUUUAGAAAAUGAAAAGAAAAAUAAUGAAUACGAAAUAGGUUGUGAUAAUUUAUUUCUUUAUGAAGACAAAAUAAAUUAUAGAUAUAAAUACAAAAGUGUUAAUGAUAGUAUUAAAAAUGUUAUUAAUAAUUUAAAAAAAAUAAAGUUUAAUGAUAUAGCUAAAUUUGAUGAUUCAAAUAAAUUUAGUUUUAAAAAAAUGAAUAAGUUUUAUAAAUUAGAUACAUAUAUAAAUAUAGAUAUUUUAUUUACUUUAGAAAAAAAUGGAGAAAAUUUUUAUAACUGUUUAAUAUUUUAUCCAUAUGAAUUAAAAAAAAUAAUUACAAAUAUAAAAAAUAAUAAAAUAACAUUUACACAUAGUUAUGAUGAAUCUUUUUCUUUUUGUACAGAAAUUUUAUGUAUUUAUAAUUUUAUAAAAAAAAAAAAUCAAACAAAUUUCUCUUUCACUAUUUUAGACACAACAUCAUUUGUUAAUUUUUCUGAAUGGACAUAUGAAAAUGUAGAAAUAAAUAAAACAAUCAAAUUAGUAGAAAAAAAACAGCCAAUUGAUCCGUUAUUUAAUCAGGAUUUAAAUUUUCAAAAAUCGAAAAAGUUGUUGGAAGAGAUAACUUCUUUAUAA